CAUCAAACCUAAUUUUGUCUUCGAACUGAUUAGAACGAUAAAAAAUAAAAAUUGAAAAGGAAAAGAUCUGGAAAAGAUUCUACGUAAUGCUGCACCGGGCCAAUUUUUAUGAUGGAAGCAACAUGCGUGGGCGGCCACAGCACUUUGGGCAGAGAGAACUGUUUUGCAACCCGCACAAUGGUUUCGGUGUUCAAUCUGGCAAUGUAGUCAACGUGCAGCUCAACGAGAGACGCGAUUGGCUAUUCCGUUUGGGCUUGAGCCCCAGCUGUGCUCAUGAGCUAGCGAUACAUACACUCGAGCAGCCAGAGUUCAAUCUGAGCCACUUUCAGCAGCAUUGGAAACGACUUAGCCUGCAGCUGGGCGCCAGACGACAGGCCGAGGUGGAUGCCAUAGUUUUACGUAAAAUCCGAGAGCUUCUGCAUCGUCAAAGGGCCCCAUCGAGCUAUCCCAGAACCCCGUCACCACCACGCGGCAUCAACUGGAUCUCAAGUCGUGGAAAUUCGCCGGAUUGUGACCUUAUUCCCUUGGCAUAUCUCGCUGAUAACAGGAAUGACCACUACCCGGAACGCAGAUUGACUUCCACACCUGUGGGAGAAAUGGGCUUUCAACCACCUGACUUGCAUCGAAGAGAACUAGAUGUAGAUCCACAAAAUUUGGAGGAUAAUUUUCAUGGAGAGCAGGCAAAACGUUUAACCCCAUACAACUCUAAAGAGAACUACAACAAUAACAAUAAUUAUCGGAACUUGGACUAUGAUAUAGAUUCAGAUCCUCACAACAAUGAAAAGGAUUUUGCACCCCAACAGUUUAAUAAUAUUCUAGGUUGCCCCGUUCAACAUAUAAACAGUUCGGAAAACAAUGCGUUCUUGAACCACAAUUACCGUCGUCAGUUGCCUGCUUUAUCCAACGAUAAAUUUCAUUUUAACAACAGAGAACAGCUUCAAUCUAGAAAUAUAAAUAAUCUACACUUCCAAAAUGCAUUGGAGCCCAUAUUCAGGCGAUUUAAUGGCCGAAAUGAUGCUGGAAACAAUAAAAAUUUGAAUUCAAAUCAGUUUCCAAACAUUUAUCGAGACAGGGGACCCCAUACAACCGAUAAUACUGCGUUUUCAAAGAACAGAAAUGUGUAUAUCCCCAGCCUCAGGGUAUUAAAGCGCGCUGCUGAACCAAGCAAUGGGGAACUUGACCAAAAUAAACACAAGAAGCGCAUUAUGAAGCAAGUGGAUCAAAUAUUUCAAAUAGGUGACUUUGAAAUGCCCUACCUUCACAGCAACUGGAAGCCGUUACCGCAGCCGGAGAGCACAUCAUAUGCAAUUAAGUUCUUUCGACGUAAGCACUGCAGUAUUAUUGGUGGAAAGGAGGCGGUGCCUCCAGAGUCACCAGCUCGGCAUAGCCCGAUACUAUCUUUAAACUAUAGUCGCGCUGCAGCCAAGCGAUUUCGUCAGGGCCUACGCGAUGAGUGGACGGAUAUAUACCGGAACAUGAACUACAGAAGCUGGGAUAUUUGGUGGAAAGACUUCAAGUGGUGUGAGGCGGGCAUCGAUAAAGAGCUCGAGCACUUUAAAGGCAUCAAUUUAAGAUAUUCAUUUCUGCAUACUAAAAUGAGUUAUGACAAACCGGAGUCGAUUAGGCAACUACUGCACUCAGCUCGUUUAGCGUUGGAGUUGAACAAGACGAAUUUUCAAUCGAUAAUGGGCACCAUUUUUGAAUUGACCAACGUAUCCUUCUUGGAGAAAUUGGAUUCGGAACACAUGUGCCAAUUGCAGGAUAUCAUACGAUACAUACCGAAUCACUUGUGGGUCUACAAGAUGCGCAGCAUGGUCUAUUUGUGGUCUCGUUACAGCCGUAUUCGAACAACGGCCAAUCCUUCAAACAGGGAACUUUGGUCCACGCAGACACAAUGGAACAGUCCCUUAUUUCACUGGCUAGCCAAACAGGCCUACGUCGAGCUCAAGACUGUCAGUGAAAUCGAGUGGACUGACCACAAUAAACUAUAUCCAUUGAUAUAGUAAACUUUAUUUGUGUUUGGGAAUAUUUAUUUAUGGACUCGCACUGCAAUAUCCAACGGUAACAAUAAUUUUAUGCUAACCACGACAUAAAAUAAUUGUAAUAAUACAAAUAAAUUGUCAUACAAAAUAUUUGUGCUUGCGGAGAUAUGUGAUGGUAUAAAAACCCCUUUGGAUUAUUACUUACGGAUUAUGAGAACAAUGAAUUUUCUUCAAGCCAAGUUUGGCUAUGAUUUUUUAUCAAAUUUGGUUAGAACUUAACAGACAGUCAUGACUAGUCAUUCUUUCUCUUCGCUACUCAUUUAUUGGUAACAUUAUAAUAAUCUCUACACAAACAAAAGUUAAGUUAAAAUAAACUUGAUC